ACUGCCCUGCACCCAAAGGCCUCCGGCCUCCAGCCACACAAAUAGUCCCCUGGAGGAGCUUUUUCAUCACCCACGCUCAAGGCUGUCUUCUUCUGAAGCCGUCUGGGACAGCUUUGCUAGUCAACUGACUGGAAAUAAUUCCUCAAACACCACAUCAAGGAUACAGGCAGCAGCGAGCUCCCCCUGUUGUGUGGCCAUUCUGGACCGGAAGUUGGUAGCUGAGGGCCAAUCUUUAUGACCCAGAAGAGCUUUCCCCCCAGUAUAUGAUCUGGGACAUCCACAUUGUGACAUGGACGAGUCUUCAGUGACGCUUGGUACAAUAGACGUUUCCUACCUGCCCAGUUCAUCAGAGUACAGCCUGGGCCGAUGUAAACACACCAGUGAGGACUGGGGUGACUGUGGGUUCAAAACUACCUUCUUCAGAUCUGCAACAUUAAAAUGGAAGGAGAGCCUCAUGAGCCGGAAGAGACCCUUCGUGGGAAGGUGCUGCUACUCAUGCACGCCACAGAGCUGGGAAAGGUUUUUCAACCCCAGUAUCCCAUCUCUGGGUUUGCGGAAUGUUAUUUACAUCAACGAAACUCACACAAGGCACCGGGGAUGGCUGGCAAGACGUCUUUCUUACAUCCUUUUUGUUCAAGAGCGGGAUGUCCAUAAGGGCAUGUUUGCCACCAGUGUCACUGAAAACGUUCUGAACAGCAGCAGAGUUCAGGAGGCAAUUGCUCAAGUGGCUGCUGAGAUGAACCCGGAUGGAUCUGCCCAGCAACAGUCUAAAGCCAUCCAGAAGGUGAAGAAGAAAGCCCGGAAGAUCCUGCAGGAAAUGGUUGCUACUGUCUCCCCAGGCAUGAUCAGGCUGACUGGCUGGGUGCUGCUAAAGCUAUUCAACAGCUUCUUCUGGAACAUUCAGAUUCACAAGGGUCAGCUUGAGAUGGUCAAAGCCGCAACAGAGACGAACCUGCCGCUCUUGUUUCUGCCGGUGCAUAGAUCCCAUAUCGACUAUCUGUUGCUCACCUUCAUCCUCUUCUGCCAUAACAUCAAGGCCCCGUACAUCGCCUCGGGCAACAAUCUCAACAUCCCCAUCUUCAGUACGUUGAUUCAUAAGCUUGGGGGCUUUUUCAUAAGAAGGAGGCUCGACGAGACCCCAGAUGGACGCAAAGAUGUUCUCUAUAGAGCCUUGCUUCAUGGGCACAUAGUCGAACUUCUCCAGCAGCAGCAGUUCCUGGAGAUCUUCCUGGAAGGCACCCGCUCCCGGAGCGGGAAGACCUCCUGUGCUCGGGCAGGGCUGUUGUCAGUGGUAGUGGACACGCUGUCUUCCAACACCAUCCCUGACAUCCUCGUCAUCCCGGUGGGCAUCUCCUACGAUCGGAUAAUCGAAGGUCACUACAACGGUGAACAGUUGGGCAAGCCCAAGAAGGACGAGAGUCUUUGGAGUGUGGCGAGAGGGGUUAUCAGAAUGCUGCGGAAAAACUACGGCUAUGUCAGAGUGGAUUUUGCACAACCAUUUUCCUUGAAGGAAUAUUUAGAAAGCCAAUGCCAGAGACCUGCAUCUGCUCCCCUUUCUCUGCAGCAAGCACUGGUACCGAUCAUCCUUCCUACAAGGCCUAAUGAUGCUGCUGAAAGUGAAGACACACCCAGCAAUGAGCCCAGAAAUACAGCAGACGAAGCCUUCCGAAGAAGGCUGAUUGCCAACCUGGCCGAGCACAUUCUCUUCACUGCGAGCAAGUCCUGUGCUGUCAUGUCUACCCACAUUGUGGCUUGCCUGCUCCUCUACAGACACAGGCAGGGAAUCCACCUCUCCACAUUGGUGGAGGACUUCUUCGUGAUGAAGGAGGAAGUCCUAGCUCGUGACUUUGACCUCGGAUUCUCAGGGAAUUCGGAAGACGUAGUCAUGCACGCUAUUCAGCUUCUGGGAAACUGUGUCACAAUCACCCACACUAGCAGGAAAGACGAAUUUUUUAUCACCCCCAGCACAACUGUCCCAUCAGUCUUUGAACUCAACUUCUACAGCAACGGGGUACUUCAUGUCUUCAUCAUGGAAGCCAUCAUAGCCUGCAGCCUGUAUGCAGUUCUGAAUAAGCGGGGCUCCGGAGCGUCUGCUGGUGGCCCUGGUAGCUUGAUCAGCCAGGAGCAGCUGGUGCGGAAGGCGGCCAGCCUGUGUUACCUCCUUUCCAACGAAGGCACCAUCUCUCUGCCCUGCCAGACUUUUCACCAAGUUUGUCAUGAGACGGUAGGGAAGUUCAUCCAGUACGGCAUUCUCACCGUGGCAGAGCAAGAUGACCAGGAAGAUGUCAGUCCUGGUCUUGCAGAACAACCCUGGGACAAGAAGCUUCCAGAACCUCUGAACUGGAGAAGUGAUGAAGAAGAUGAAGACAGUGAUUUUGGUGAGGAGCAGCGAGAUUGCUGUCUGAAGGUGAGCCAAUCCAAGGAGCAUCAGCAGUUCAUCACCUUUCUUCAGAGGCUGCUGGGGCCCCUGUUAGAGGCCUACAGCUCUGCCGCCAUCUUUGCCCACAACUUCAGUGGCCCAGUUCCCGAGCCUGAGUACCUGCAGAAGCUGCACAGAUACCUUAUCAGCAGGACCGAAAGGAAUGUCGCGGUGUAUGCCGAGAGCGCCACGUACUGUCUUGUGAAGAGCGCUGUGAAAAUGUUUAAGGAUAUCGGGGUUUUCAAAGAGACCAAGCAAAAGAGAGUCUCUGUUUUAGAACUGAGCAGUACUUUCCUACCUCAGUGCAACCGGCAGAAACUCCUGGAGUAUAUUCUGAGUUUUGUGGUGCUGUAGGGAUCUCUUAGCACCCAUGGCGAGGGAGGGGCUGUAGAUGAGUCCCUCUCAGGCUCCAGUCUGACCCAGAGUGGCAGGUGUCCUGGUGUGGCCCAGCCUGCCUUACCCCGAGGAGACCUCCAGGAAGAUGCGUGCCUUCUGCCCACCCCCGCGGACCUGCCUAACCCCGCGGAUCUGCGCUCUCCCAACACAAUCGCAGUGGCCUGUGCAGAGCACUGGGGGCCAGUGCCGUCUGUGAUUCAUGAUCACUAGGUCACUAGGUGAAAUCUCAGUAAGUUAUUUUGGAGUUGAUUAAAGAUUCACAUUUUAAGUUUGACCUUUAAGGACUAGUUACUGUGAUGGACGUAGAGGUGUAUGUAGGACUGACUCUUGUAUAGUAUGUGACAACGUUUCCUUUAAAAUAAUCGGGCCAUCCGCUCUCCAUCUUCAUCUCAUCGCUGUCAACAGAGCUAUGGUUGUGUGAGAGCCCUUGCGUCUCAAGUGCUUUACUAAGGAAUGACUCUGCCCGGGGCUGGCAAUCUCAAAGUGUGUUUGAAUAGCUGCCCGAAAGCAGACGAUCCUGUGUGGGGCAGGAAGCGAGAUGCUGUGAGAAAAGAGCCGGCAUCAGAAGGUGAAUCUGGCUGGCGAGGGCGAAACCACGCUUGGCCAGGAAAGUGGACCCGGAGGCUUUGCCUGCGUGACAGAGUGACGUUGCGUUGUGAUGCCCACGAGUGUUUAGAAUCGCCUGCUGUUUGGUGGCUGUCCCCUUCCUGACCUUUAAGGGCAUGCAUCUGCUGCUGCUUGGGGCCCUCCAACCAGUCCGUGUCUGUGCGGGUUGGUAGCUCAGCCAGAGGGAUUGCUGGCCCAUAGCACUCUGGGUGCUGCACCCGAGCCUGGAUGACCUGGACUUGAGCGGUGCCCUGUGCAGCCUUGUGGCAUGCACAGUGACCCUACCGAGUGGCAGGCGGUUGCAGGCCUUUACGGGUUUUCAGCCCUGAGAAGGAUCCUUGGUUCCUUGGACGUUUGUUUGUAUGGGCUACAUACCCAAACUCCAUUGCCACUCGAAGGCAAAUAAUUAUGAAAUUUUGUUUUCAAUGGGGUAGGUGCCUUUUUGUGAACAAGGAACAUAAAUGUUAGUUAUUUGUGGUAGUUAUGGCAGUUUCUUAAUUAUCAUGUGACAGUUCAGUUUCUAACAUUCUGUUGUCCAUAUCUCUGUCAUUUUAUGGAAUUAGGAAUUCCUCUGAUGAGUGUUCCAUAGAUGAUUUGAAUUUAUAGAAGUUUUAGGGAUGAGUUUUGUACUUCCCCGCUUGAACUUUAAACACUAAUAGUCUCCAGUGAGAGGUGUGUGUUCAGGGAGGGUAGGGUCCUGCCUGGCAUCUUACAGUGCAUGAAAUGCCUGGUUCGGAGCUCAUGGCAAUAAUGCUUUCUCUGGUGGCCUCCACCCUUCCCGGUUUGCAUGACAGAUCUCCUUUUCCUCUGCAACAGUUCACUGUCAACUGUAGAGACUUGGGCGUGGAGUGAGAUGUUCACCCUUUUCCUUCUGUAUUGUUAACAGGGUAGAGCUGCCCUUCCCUUGACUGUACUUGGGGGGUGCGCAGGGAGUCUGGCUUACUCCCUUGGGACACCCUUCUGGGCAUUUUGUUAGUCUUCUUUACCCUUUAAAUGGAAACUGAAGGUGGCUCCCGCUGUCAGGUGGCUGCAAAGCCUCGGACCUGAUACCCCAGUGGGUGCUGCUGCCCCGCCUGUCCCCUGAGAAUAAUGGCCACCUCUGUAGCCUGAGCAGAGAAACAUGCCCUUCCCUUGCUGGGCUCCUUCCUUUUGUCUUGUUCAUUUUAGGGACUGCCCUUCGUUCACUUGCUGUGGCCAGACACUAGCUCACUGUGAGGAUUAGUCCGCAUGCUUUUUGUAAUUAACUGGUGCUUUGAGACCAAAUCUCAACCAAAGUUAUGCGCAUCCCGACAAGCUGACCCUUGAGUUAAUUUAGCACAACUCAUUCUUCAGUGCCUCCUGAGAAGAGGGAGAAACAGAAGGCGGCACAGUAAGGGUUGCAGGUAGCCCUGCUCGCUAAUAGAGACAUUCCCCUCGUUUCCAGCAGUGGGUGUCGUCCUCGGAAUUAAACAAACUAGGUGCUUGUAUAUAACUUACUACAGUUUACUGCAUUUCUGUCAAACCGAAAUGCAUGCCCUUCAGGGGAGACUGUGAGACAAGUGAAAGCAAAUAAAACCCUAAUAAUAAGCAAUAUGAAGCCGCACUCUUUUUAAAUGAGGCUAACCCAGGUAACUCAGAGAGGGGAAGACUAUUUGCUUUUCUAGCCCUAAGGAGAAAUGAAGGCACACACAAGUGUUAAGGUGAGCAUACCCACGGAUGUGCUGUCCCCGUCUUGGCUGUAAAACCUUGGAACUCUUGAGGGUGGGUACAGAAGUUAGAUCCGGGAUGGCAGCGAAGGGAAGCUCAGACAGGAGUUUCCUGCACCCUCGUUUCCCAUAGUUUGUCUCUGAGGUGGGUGCUCUGAGAUGUGUUUCUGGGCUCUGGGGAAAGGCUGGGAUGAGCAGUACCUAGCAGUGCUGAAAGGGCUCUACACUGGGCAGGACACAGGCCUGUGGAACCUGGAGUUCCCAGACUGCUUUGACCUCAGGGCCUUUCUCCCCUCUGGGACACCUCACUGCAUUGCCAUGGAAACUACAUUAAUUAGUUCUUUGAGCAGACCCAAUGGUCACAGUGGCGCUGAGGCAGAAUUUGCAUGCUUUUGUAUUGACCCUGAUGCACCGAGUGGAUGGACGUUAUUAUUCCUUGCUGGGAAGAGUAAGCACAGGACAUUGGCUGGAUGCUUUCCUUUGAUGGAAAGCAGCUACCCACGGCCCUGGCCUUUUAAAACUGAAAGUAGCAGAGUUAAUACAAGGAUUAAUUGGGGGUAAAUAAUGAAGGUUUUAAUAUAGAUCUUAAAGAAAACGCUGCACAAUUGAAUGCAGAUUUUUAUCCAUAGACAACUGUAGUGUUUUGCAAUGAUAGACCCUAUCUUUGAAGUUUAUAAGACUUACUAUGGAAUGUAAAUCUGUUUUUUAAA